AUGUCCUUGAGAAAUUUCACCUUCAAAGAUCACUUUAAGAUGGGCAUUAGAAGUUUACAAGACAUCUACAAGAAAUCUCCAGAAAAUUUGUUUCUGCCCCAAGCUCUAACCCACCAUCAGAUGUUCCACAUGUGUCUGGGCAUAGCAUACGGACUGCUGUAUCUCCAUACUGGUGUGUACGGUACCCGUGGCAAACAAGCAAUUGCUCACCGUAAUAUUAAAUCCAAGAACGUGUUGAUGAAAGCAAACGGUACAUGCGUCAUUGCUGAUCUCAGUCUUGCUGUCACUCAGGAGAAACUCACGGAGAAACUUGAUCUCAAACCGGGCUCCAGGCGCUACAUGAGCCCCGAAGUGCUGGAACAGACGAUUGAUCCUGAGUGCCUUGAAAGUUUCCGUCACGCUGAUAUUUAUAGCCUUGGACUGGUAUUCUGGGAAAUAUGUCGAAGAUGCAUGAGUAACGGCGUUGCCUUCGAUUAUGCCGCUCCGUACUCUGAAUGGCUUGCAAGCGGAAAUCAAGAACCAACGCUAGAGGAUAUGAGAAAAAUUGUGGUUGUCGACCAGCGCCGACCACCGAUACCUAAUCGCUGGCACUCUGAUCCAUCUUUAACUGGUAUGGGGUCAAUGAUGAAAGAGUGCUGGCACACAAAACCUGACGCUCGCCUUCCUAUUCUCCGAAUAAAAAAGACUCUCGUCAAGUUAGCCUCCAACAAUCCAGAUGUGCGUCUAUCUCUAGAUUAAUGAUCCUACUGCUUUUAAUAAUGUUCCAGAAAGCACAACUAUCUGCCGGAUGACUGCUGAUUGAGAAAAAAAUUUUAAUAAUUAUUUAAAAUAACUUUUAAUUAAAUUAAAAUUAAAAAAAAAUGUUUGCAAGAUUACGGAACGAACUAGAAUGCACUUGUGAUUUUUACAGAAAGUUGAUAAACCACUAAAAAAGUUUUUAUAUAAAUUAUUUUGAACAAACCAGAAGUCAGUUUCACAACAAAUCAUACGAUGCAAUUGCAUCACUUUGCAAGUAGUUCAACUACAGCAGCGAUAGUUUUCAAUAUUGCCUUAUUUAUUUAGACAAGUUAAUACUUGUAUUUUACAAUGUACGCUAAUUAAAUUUUUGGAAUUUUUAAGUAAACUAAUAAACUGAUAACUUAUAAAA